AUGGUUGGAGAAAAUCUCUUCAGCUUUGAGGCUACAGAUGGCACUAUAGUGGCCCUGGUAGGUGCUACUAUACAGCAUGAUUUAGAAAAACUUUCCAAUGAAAUUCGAUCUAAGGUGUUUGAUCAGUAUCUGAACUUCAUAACUCUUGAAGAUGAUAUGUACAUUUUAAGACACCAAGACUGUGGGUCUAUAAACUAUUUUGCUUUUAAUAGAGGUGAUGUCAAAGAUUCUGAAAUGGAAAAAAUAAUUGAUAAUGUUGUAGACAGUUUAUUCUCAGUAUUUGUGACACUUGGUGUGGUUCCAAUAAUAAGAAGUCCUAGAGGAAAUGCAGCUGAAGUGGUAGCUGAGAAAUUGGACAAAAAGAUUCGAGAAAAUCUCAGGGAUACCAGAAACAGUCUUUUCACUACCGAUGGAAUGCCAACAUCUUUCACGUUCCAAAGACCAUUGUUGGUAGUUUUAGAUAGAAAUCAAGAUAUGGCUACACCAUUGCAUCACACUUGGACUUAUCAGGCUCUCGCCCAUGAUGUGUUGGAUCUUCAGUUAAAUCGAGUAACUAUUGAGGAAACAACUGAGAAAACUAGUCACUUAGGUGCAAGACCUAGGAAAAAAACCAAGACAUUUGAUUUAAACCCCUCUGAUAAAUUCUGGAUGCAAUAUAAAGGAAGUCCUUUUCCCAUUGUUGCUGAGGCUGUUCAAGAAGAGCUAGAUUCAUAUAGAUCAUCUGAAGAAGAAGUGAAAAGAUUAAAAGCAGCUAUGGGUUUAGAUGCUGAUAGCUCUAAUGAUGAAAUAAUUAAUUCUGUGACUGAUAAUACUGCUAAAUUAACAUCUGCUGUGAGUUCUCUUCCUGAACUUCUUGAAAAAAAGAGAAUAAUUGAUAUGCAUAUGACUAUUGCUACAGCAAUUUUAGAUCAUAUUAAGAGUCGCAAAUUAGAUGUAUACUUUGAAAUUGAAGAAAAAAUCAUGGGCAAAGCAACAUUGAUAUCAACGCAUAGGUACUUAAUUAACAAUGUUUGA